CAUCCAGACGGCAAAUCACGUCACAAAAAAUGAUAGAACGACAUACUCGGACGUCUCCGCAGAUAAAAGACAGUACAAGGUUGCAUGAAGAUGAGUCCGUACUGCCUGCAUUGAUUCCAAUCAUUGGACAGACCUCGGGCGUUUCGGGCCGCAACGUCGUGAUUAACUCCAUUCCGUCGGAUCCAACCAUCCGAGGCGGAAAUGGUCAUAUAAUACCACUCCGCUUCCCACCUCGGUCGAGCUCAUAUUUUUUCUUCUUCACCCCCCCUUCCAGCUACUUUAUCGAUCCCGCAGCUUUUGAUCGUUUUCAUCUCGGCUUCUUUCAUCUGUCAACUCUCGGCAAUUGCUACCACAACACCAAACCCAUCUAGGCGGACCAUAUCCCAAAGGCAAAAACAAGGCUUCAAACCAGCAGCAAUGGCCUCCAACUCCGCCGCAGUCUUUGGCUCGACCGGCCUCGUCGGCUCCUUCAUCCUGUCCAACCUCCUCGCCACCGGCCCCUUCAAGCCCGUCACCACCAUCGCCCGCCGCGCGCCAAAGGCCGAGUCGCCCAACCUCAACUCCAUCGUCGACGCCGACACCAACAAGUGGCCCGCCACGCUCAUCGGCCUCUCGCCCGCGCCGCACGUCACCUUCUCCGCCAUCGGCACCACCCGCGCGGCCGCCGGCGGCAUCGAAAACCAGUGGAAAAUUGACCACGAUCUCAACGUCGAGGUUGCGCGCGCCGCGAAGCAGGCCGGCGUCAAGACCUUUGUCUUCAUCUCCAGCGCCGGCUCCGAUGGCCUCCUGGCGGCGACGUCGCCCUAUAGCAAAAUGAAGAAGGGCGUCGAGACGACGAUCAAGGAGCUCGAAUUCGACCAGGGCAUCAUCGUGCGGCCGGGCUUCAUCUUGGGCGAGCGCGAGCAGGGCCGCUUCGUUGAGGGCCUCCUCAAGGGGUUUGUGCACGGCUUGAGCUACCUCGGCUUACAGGACAAGAUUGGGCAAGAGGCCGAGGUGAUUGCGCGAGCCGCCAUUCGGGCCACACAGCUGGCUGAUGAAGGCAAAGCUCCAAGCAAGCACUGGGUACUUGGCCAGAGCGACAUUCCUCAAACUCAACUCAAUCACUACAACACACUCAUCACCAUGGCCGCCCGCCCCGAAAUCAUCGGCUCUGAAGCCGGCCCUGAAAAGCCUUACCCUUACAAGAUGGAAGGCAAAGUCAUUUCUGGCUUCGGCCGCGGUUCCAAGGAGCUCGGCAUCCCAACCGCCAACCUCCCCGUCGACGACGCCCUCACCCCCUGGAUCGCAAACAUCCCCUCGGGCGUCUACUUCGGCUUCGCCUCCCUCGCCCUGCCCGCCUCCCACCCAGACAAGCCAUCCUCUACCGCGGCGGAGGGCGCAUUCACCGUCUUCCCCAUGGUCAUGUCCAUCGGCUACAACCCCUUUUACAAAAACACGGUCCGCAGCGCAGAGGUCCACAUCCUGCACAAGUUUGGCCAGGACUUUUACGACGCCCACAUGCGCCUCCUGAUCCUGGGCUUCAUCCGCGAGGAGAAGGACUACAAGAGCCUGGAGGCGCUGAUUGAGGACAUCAACUUUGAUUGCGAGGUGGCCAAGAAGAGCCUUGCGAGGGAGGCUUGGGGAGAGAAGAGAGGGAAAUCACAUAGACAGGGCGAGAGAAGAGCGCCGCAAAAUAUUCUUGGAUGAGAUAAAAUAUUCAAUAAAUAGCCAUAAAACGUUGUACUAGCCAU